AUGAAGCUUUCCCAGUCAUUAUGUCAAAAACAUCAGGCGCAGUUCCACCUCUUCCCCCUUGAAAUUCAGACAGCAAAUUCCUACUCAAAAAUGCCAUUAGGACUGGAGCUUCGCUGGCCAAAGGAGUUGCUUACUUCACCCGAAGCUUCUGCUGCCAUGAAGAAUUUGGAGCAUGCCAAGUCUAAUGUUAACGGAACCAAGAGAGUAGUUGCUGCUCCAAAGAGGAAGACUCAGACAAUUCGCAAUAUAUAUCAUGACAUGCGGAAGAGACUUCGCAGAGGUUAUAUUAAUUCUUUUGAUAUGGUUUUACAAGAUGAGAUGUGUAUUGAGAAAAACACCAAAGUAAAUGAAAUUGGUGGGUCUGGUAAUGUUAAUUGUAGUUCAGAUAAGGGUGAAUAUAACAAUUUUCUUGCUGAUAUUUUAGUUAAGAAAUGGAACCAAUUGGGGUCAUCUCAUUCAACGAGCGAAGAAACUAAAGUAGUACAAGCUAUAACUGAUAUCAUAUUAGGAUUGCAAGGGGACAUCCCUCGUGAUAUGCCAAAUGGUGUUCCAUUUAUUGCUGUAAAAAAAAUGUCCUAG